CAUUCUGUCACCCCUGUGUCAACAACACAGAAUUUCUGCCACGAGGCGGCCUGGGCCUGGCUGGAGACGACACUCUCAUGUCGCUCACCCACCUCGCCCUACUACUCGCCGCCCCCCAAGCAAUAUCACGUUGGCAACUGGUCUCCUGGGACAGGGGCAUCAUUACCGAGCAUGCUUAUUCCGAGGCCAGCUUCCAGGGAGAGGUCCAAAGAGACGUGGCCCUUCCGUCACUCACAUCUGUUCAGCAGCCACCUCGUCACCAGAGCUGGACAACCCUGAGGAAAUGUUGUUCAGUCCACGUCGUGCAACCAAGCAGCCAUUCGUAUCUAUGGCUUCACUACGAACACACACACGACGUAAAGUGGUCUCUCCGUCCAGGGGUGGCAUCCUCCGCUCUGGCUCACGCCCCCCUCCAAGCCCCGGCUGCCGGCUGGCCUUGACUUCUUUUCUGCCACGCUGCCCUCGGCCGCCUGGCGUUUCCGACACAUUCGGGGCGUUUCCAUUGUGCCCAAAGCAUGCAUACUCAGCCAUAAUCUCCGUUUCUUCGCGGUGCAAACCAAGGCCGUUAGCGUCACGGCGCUGCCCAUCCCAAGACGGGAAACCCACCAAACAUCUGAGGCUUCAUCCUACUUCCCAUGCCAGCUGCCAUUAUGGUUGGGUCACAAACUUUCUCCUGCUUUCUCUCUUCGGCCUAGGGAAUUCGACCCGGUGCGACAAGGGUGUGCUGUUCAACCGGGCGCUUCUGGUUUCCCCAGCCUAUCCUGUGUCACCGGCAGUAAUACGCGCUGCAAUGCGAGUGGCUUGGUUUAGGCCGUCGGACUCAGCCUGCCGUUCCGCUUGGCUCGGACGAUUGGGAUUGACGUUCCAGAGACCAUGUUCUCAGUCAGUCAACCACACCUCUUUUGGCAUCUUGCCAUCUGAACUGCAGUGCUCCCGGCCUCUAGGAGCUCGCCAUCGCCAGACCGAGUUGCAGUGUGCAGCUUGCCUAUGGUACCUAACUGGCUCUGUCGUGUCUGCCGUGACCGCGGCUCUGUGGCCACCCGGCACCUCCAGGUCACCUUCAGAAACAAAUUCACAUAUUUAAA